UAGUCUGCAAGAGAGUUGCAGGUUGAGGCUGUUGUGUUGACAAUUUGGCCACAAGAGAAGCAAGUGCACAUGGUUGGGUAGGUUUUAAAGUUUCUAAAUCUUGCAGGCUAUUCUAUUUGGUGCAUAGUUUUGUCACUUGCAAACUACGAGAAGUUAUGCUGUAGUAAUUAUCAAUAUUCAGCCGACAAACGAUAUUAACAGGCCUGCGUAAACUAUGGAAAGGAUGGGCUGAAUGUGGUUGUAUGCGUUCAAUUGCCUGCUCCACCAAAACCACGCGGACUGGGAGAAGGAAAGAAGCGUGGAUCGUGUUUGUCUAAGCCCAGCAGAGAGAGGGGAUGUCGGGCAGAAGCUGUGGAGUGGCUCGGGGGUACAGCAGCAGCAGCAGCAGCAGCAGCAGCAGUGGGAGCUCCAGCAGCAUGCAGCCCCUGAAAGCCACGGUCCCAUAUCAGCUACAGAGAGGAUCAGCUCUUCUACUGGGGAGGAACGAAGUCAAAACUGCUGACAGGACCGCCGCUCGCCCACCAAAGCCCACCAUUCGCCGGACGCUAUCGCUGGACACCAUUGUGGGACCCUACCUGCAAGGACACUGGCCCAAAGAAGCAGACAGCAUGACUAUUACCUGUGUCAACGAUAAGGCCACACAGACUCCUAGUUCUUGGGCAGAAGAAACACGCGGCAGAAGAAGUGCAAGUGGACACAAAAGAUCUGCAUCCUGGGGAAGUGGGGAGCAUCUCAGAGAGGUGGCCAAAUUGAGGCACCAGUUGCAGAAACGCUCCCGUCACGCCGCUCCCUCGUUGGGGUAUGACCUCUCACACCCGCCCCUGCCAGCGGGACAUGUAGCAGGCAUCACACAGACCAUGCCAAUGAUCCCCUUGAACAGAAUUGCUACUCGUUUGCGCCGCAGUGUUGAGGGCCUUAACCUGGAACUUGAAGAAGUUUUUGUGUCUGAGAAACCUGAUGACGAUGAAGAACAUGAGAUAUCCCAGAUUUUGGACAUCCCAGAUGGCCACCGUGCCCCCGCCCCAGUGCAGAGGUGUAGCAGUGGUUCCCAGAGUGAGCCCUCCCCGGGACCCCUGGAUCCUGCCCUGUUGUCACCGUCCCAGUCCCCCUGUCCUCUGCACCCGUCGCUCCUGUCACCCUCCACCUCACCCUCCACCUCACCCUGCCCCAUAAACGCCUGUCUGCUGUCCCCAUCACAGUCCCCCUGUCACUUGGGAGAGCCAGUCUCUGAGGACUGCGGUGCGUUGUGUUCCUCCUCGUCUGCUCUCCCCUCUUUUGCACUCAGCCCUCCUCUGCUCCAGCAAUGCUCCUCUGCACCACGUCCCAACAGAACAUACUCCUAUCAGCGAGAACCUCCAGAGGGGUGCGAGCGAAGAGGACUGUGCUUAGACCCAAUGUCUGCCUCUCAGGAUGAGCCUCUUCUUCCCCCCUCCUGCCCUGACCUCAACAAAGUGAACUUCACCCCUCAUGGCGGCUCUGCGUUCUGCCCCGUUAGCCUCCUGAAGCCUCUGCUGCCCUCCAUGGACCUCCUCUUCAGGGGACUCUCUGUGUCUCCUGUCACUGGAUGCCCCGGUCAAGCUUCUCCCACAAGGCACUUGGGCAUGCAGUGAUCACAAACGGGACAGAGACUUUUGAAUUGGUCUAGGAGUCUUGAAGGAAAGUGGAAAUCCCACAUACUUGAUCUUGAUAUUUGGACAUUUUGGCUCACGGUGUCACAAGCUUUAUAGGCAUUUUUAUUCCUGCAGGAGGACUGCAUGAGAGCUGAUCUUCACCAGCACUUAACUUUUAGUAAUGUUGUUGUCACUAUUUCAUUUAGGUAAAGAGAGCAUAAUUAGUGCUCAUUAAAGUAAGGUAGUAGAGCUACUCUGGUUUACUUAAAAAUUAAAAAAUAGACUUCACACUCAAUACUGAUGUUCAUGUGUCAGCAUUUAUUCAGUGUUUCACACCUUCAACAAUGUGAAAACUGAAAAGACAAAUAGACAAUAUUUGCUCUGCUCUGUACAUUACAGUACCUUCAGAAUAAUUACAGAAUAAAAAGAAUAUCGUCUC